UCCUCGGUUUCUUUGACAGCCGGGAAAGUAAGCGAGAAAAUCAGAGAGAAAAUGAGCGGCGCAGGAAAGAAAAUCGCUGACGUGGCAUUCAAAGCAGGCAGAACCAUAGAUUGGGAUGGGAUGGCGAAGAUGCUAGUGACCGAUGAGGCUCGCAAGGAGUUCUCCACUCUUCGUCGCGCUUUCGAUGAAGUUAACUCUGCUCUGCAGACCAAGUUCAGCCAGGAACCUGAACCUAUUGAUUGGGAUUAUUACAGAAAAGGGAUUGGAUCACGCUUGGUGGACAUGUACAAAGAGGCUUAUGAAAGCAUCGAGAUCCCAAAGUAUGUGGAUACAGUCACCCCUCAAUACAAACCUAAAUUUGAUUCAUUGAUUGUGGAAUUGAAAGAAGCAGAGGAGAAGUCCCUGAAAGAGUCUGAACGGUUAGAGAAAGAAAUAGCCGAGGUUCAAGAAUUGAAGAAAAAGCUCAGCACCAUGACCGCGGAAGAAUACUUUGCAAAGCAUCCUGAGCUGAAGAAGAAGUUCGAUGAUGAGAUCCGAAACGACUAUUGGGGCUACUGAUUUUAUUUACUCAAAGCGUAAUCACGGCGCAGCCAAGAUGUCUGAACAUUCCAUGUUUUCACUGUUUGUUUCGCGAUAAUAAUUUCCGAAUUGUUUUUCAGAAAAUGUCGGUCGCACUGGAUUUACAGAAAAUGAACUUGGACUAAGGGAAAAAAAUGAAUUUUUCCAUCA